AUGGUCACGACGUCCGGCUUUUCCAACACGCCCGUGACACGCUUCGUGAUCUUGGCUUGUAUUUGCGCGAGCAUCCUGACCUCGAUCCUUGAUCUGCGACACCUCGUGCCCAUCAAACCGUACCCGCAUCUGUGGCCGUACCAGCAAAUCUCACGAAUACUGACAUUCCAAGUCGCCUACACGUCGUCAACGGAGCUCCUUUUCGCCAUCGCACUACUAUAUCAGUUCCGCGUGCUCGAGCGUCUCUGGGGUCCCAGGAAGUACGCCAGCUUUCUUGUCGUCUGUUUCUGGUUGAACGUCCUACUCAUUCCGACCUUGUGCCUUGUUCUCAAGCUGGGUACGUUGGGUGCAUAUAAUUAUGUGCCGGCGGGGCCGACGGCCGUCGUCUUCGCCGCGCUGAGUGCGUGGGGAGACGAGAUUCCAAGACUCUAUCGAUAUAAGAUCAUCACGGGAACAGCGCAGCAACAAGAGCAGCAGGAGGGUUCGAGUCAGCAAAUAGCAGGGAUUGCAUUGAGUGAUAAGUCUACGACAUAUGUGCUCGCGGCGCAGUUGGCUUUGAGCCAGUUUCCUUAUCAGCUACUUCCAGCUGCGGUGGGAUGGACGGUCGGGAGCGCAUGGAUGGGCGAGCUCUUGCCUGGUGGGCUUGGGAGAUGGAGGAUCUCUGGUUGGAUCGUGGGCGAGUCGAGUAAGAUAAAGGAACGGGGGCAGUUUGAAGGGUUGAGAAGACGGUUGGAGGAGGAAGGAACUUCGGCCGAUGGGAUGAGGAACGUCAGCGACAAUGUAGUGGGAGAUGGCCGUGAAAGUGGUAGGAGAGCAGGCUUUGGAAGGCAGAUUCUGGGGUAUUUCACAGGGUCUUGA